AUGAUUACCGAAAGAGAAGAAAUUUUCACUACAGCAGAGCUAAAUAAGACAGACCUUUUUCCUAACUAUAUAGUAGUUAGAAGAUAAAUUAACAAUGAAACAAAUGAUGCUGGAGAAUGGCAAGGAUUCAUUAGGGAUCUUAAACAAACUAUUAGAAAAACUGUAUCUAAGUCUAAAAGUGAAGUAAUCUCUACUCAUUAAUCAGAGCUCUCAAACCUUAAAAAAUUAAUUGAUGGAUUCCAGAAAGAGGAUUUUGUUUAAUUAAAACAUGAAAUAAAGUAGGAGAUUGAAUAGAAAGUUUAGACUAUUAGAGGAGAUAUGGAUGGACUCAAAGUAGAAAUUAAGGGAGAUAUGGAUUUCUUAAAGACUUCUAUUUCCUAAAUACUACAAAAACUUAACAAUUAAUCAGCUGAUAUUUGA